UUCGGGUAAAAUGUGUCAUUUCUACUGCGGCAAAGGAAGCUGUAUGGGGGUAGACUUGUGCAGUCUAUGAUGUUGCUAUAACUAGCGGAGAACUUUCACUAGAUACAAAUAUCAAGAAAUAUUUCUAUUUCAAACAUCAGAAAAGUUUAUAAGAAAUCUUGCAAAGCUGGUUAGGGAAGUUCACAGCAACUUUUUUUUUUCGCACUGGCUCGAUGUCAGUUUACCAAGAACAAAAGCAUCGCUCGAAGCUGUCUAUCAACUAUAAAAAGGUUCACAACCCUACAGGAGGAAAACAUGGCGAUGCGAGGUCAUUCUUCCAGCUCACUGCUAAGUAACCACACUAAGGAAAGAGUGACCAUGGCCAAGGUGACUCUAGAAAACUUCUACAGCAACCUUGUCACUCAACAUGAGGAGAGAGAGAUGAGACAGCAGAAACUAGAGAAAGUGAUGGAUGAAGAAGGACUGCCUGAUGAAGAGAAGCGGUUAAGGCGCUCGGAGCAUGCGCGUAAGGAGACAGAGUUUCUCCGAUUAAAGAGGACCAGACUAGGCCUGGACGACUUUGAGUCUCUAAAGGUGAUUGGCCGAGGAGCCUUUGGAGAGGUACGUCUGGUGCAAAAGAAGGACACAGGUCAUGUUUAUGCCAUGAAAAUCCUUCGCAAGGCAGACAUGCUGGAAAAAGAACAGGUUGGUCAUAUUCGUGCUGAGAGAGAUAUCCUGGUACAGGCAGACAGUCUGUGGGUUGUAAAGAUGUUCUACAGCUUCCAGGACAAGCAGAACCUCUACCUGCUCAUGGAGUUCCUGCCUGGAGGUGACAUGAUGACCCUACUGAUGAAGAAGGACACGCUGACAGAGGAGGAGACGCAGUUCUAUGUGGCAGAGACAGUGCUGGCCAUUGACUCUAUCCACCAGCUUGGCUUCAUCCACCGAGACAUCAAACCAGACAACCUCCUGCUGGACUCAAAGGGACAUGUUAAACUGUCAGACUUUGGUCUGUGCACAGGACUAAAGAAAGCUCAUCGCACUGAGUUUUACCGUAACAUGAGCCACAGCUUGUCCAAUGACUUCACCUCCCAGAACAUGAACUCCAAAAGGAAAGCAGAGACAUGGAAACGGAACAGGAGGCAGCUGGCCUUCUCCACUGUGGGCACUCCUGACUACAUUGCCCCAGAAGUGUUUAUGCAGACUGGCUACAACAAGCUCUGUGACUGGUGGAGUCUGGGAGUCAUUAUGUAUGAAAUGCUGAUUGGCUAUCCCCCGUUCUGCUCUGACACUCCACAGGAGACAUAUAAAAAGGUGAUGAACUGGAAGGAGACACUGGUCUUCCCCCCUGAGGUGCCCAUCUCUGACAGAGCCAAACACCUCAUCCUCAGGUUUUGCUGUGAAGCAGACCAUCGCAUUGGAGCUGCAGGUGUAGAGGAAAUUAAAAGGAACCCAUUCUUCGAGGGUGUAGAUUAUGACCAUAUAAGGGAGAGGCCAGCAGCCAUCCCCAUUGAGAUUAAAAGCAUCGAUGACACAUCCAAUUUUGAUGAGUUUCCUGAAUCAGACAUCCUGCAACCUGCUGUGACUGCUGUGGCCAGUAGUCAUGGGGAUGCAGACUUUAAGAAUAAAGACUGGGUCUUCAUCAACUACACCUACAAACGCUUCGAGGGGUUAACAGCACGGGGUGCAAUCCCUUCUUACAUGAAAGGAGGGAAAAGAUGAGUACAGCACUCCUCCCCUGGCCUGGUCCUACACCUUCCUCCAGUCCAUUUGUAAAGUCUAGGGUCACACUGACAGUUCUCUUCAUCUGUCUAAUCUAAGAGGCUUUGCGAAUAUGGAUACAGUCAUGCCAGCUUGAGUGCUGAUGAAGAACACUCACUCCAGAACAAUGUGUCCCAUGUACCUUACAUUCUGCUUUGUAUACACUCCACACCUACAGCAAUCUGCCCUGUAUACGUCAACCUUUGAUGCCUCACAUUUCACAAUUUGCCUGUUGUGUAGUCACUGCGGGCAAUACAUUAAUGUUUGUUUUAUUUUUUUCCUGCAUGCUGUUUUCUGUAUGAACAACAAUUCUCAUCAUUGAAUAAAGUAGAUAAUCAUGCAUAAUGGCGCACAAACACAAUUUUAUCUUGUUACUUGCUGAUGAAUAAGAAAUGUGGAAUUUGCUGGAUUUUACCCAAAGAUUCUUAUUGGCUGUAUUGCCUAGGAUCUGUUUUUAUUUUUUCACAUCUUUGGAUAAGCUUUCUUUUAUAUGCUUUGUGGAAAAGAUAAUAUAUAAAUAUAUUUAUAAUUUGUAUUUUUGCUACUUGUUUACUUUUUUAGUUAUUUUUGUAUGAUUUAUCUUGUUGUCUAAGCAUUUUAGGUUUUGUCAGGUGUAGCUCAGAUAAGUCUGGUGAGAAUGUGGCAGCCCCAGAGAUGCCCAGUGGAAUUCCCUGCUUUAACCAGUUUUAGGUUGGAUUUAGAUUGUUCUUUCCUCUGUGGAAUAUAUUUCUCUGCCUGUUUUUUGUUUGUUGUUGUUUUUUCUUUUUGUUAUGCUUUAUUUUGACGACAGAAUAGAACUGGAAUGGAAUUCCAAUGUCCUCUUAUUCUGAUGGUUCUCAUAAGCUUAAUUUAUUAGUUUAUGGUUUUAUAUUGUUAGGACUUGCAAUGUUUAGAAGGUACAUAUACAUAUACAUAUGAGUAGGAUGUGGUACAAUGCUUUUACAAGCAUAUAUUCAUGAUUCAGAUCCAUUACAUGACAUUGUGCGUCUUACAUGGUUUUCUAUACAUGGUAGGUGUCAUAAAUGCAUACAAAUGCAAAAGUGAAGACGUGAGAUGGCAGAUCUCACUCUUUAAAUGAUAUGAUGGUUUGUUUUUGCAGUAGCUAGUUCAUAAAUAUAUUUCCUUGAAAAUCAAUAUCUUUUUUCCCUCCCCUGUAUGUCUCUUAUCGUCACUCUUAUACUUUGUGUACAUUGCAGUGCUGGGAUUCCAGGGUUCCUGCUACUGUCCCUGCUUUAGGCCAGGGCUAAGUAUGACUCGGACAUUGCACUGAGCUUUCAUUGGCUACG